AUGGAGGAGGUCGAGGCUGCUCAGUUCCUCGAGUCGCUAAUUGGAAAGACACUCUAUGUCACUGUUCCAGAUGGACGGCUAUUCUCAGGGAUAUUUCGUUGCACAGACAACGAAAGCAAUGUUAUUUUGUCGAAUGCAUUCGAGUACAGAAUGCCAUCACAGGCUGCCGAGGAUGCUGCUGUGGAAAAGCUGAAGGUUCAGGGACAAGCCAGCAGGGCAAACAUGACGUCCCGCUUCGUCGGCCUGAUUGUCAUCCCCGGCAAGCAGAUUGCCCAGAUGGAGGUUGAGGAGCGACGCGAGUGGCCAGGUGGACAGUCGUUAUCGGUACGAACGAAGACGUGA